CUCGACGAUUUCCUGCAGUCGUCCGACGAACGUUGGCGCACUUGGCGGUUCUCGUCCGACUAGAAAGCCCAAUUGGAAAGCAAAUAAAAUGCUCGCCCGUGGUACCCUGGGAAAAGCUGUGCGGUCCAAAGGGGGAAUUUGAAACAAAAGCGGAAAAACCGAACUAAAAGUUGAAGUUUAUCUAGACAGCAGAAACCUGUGAAAAGUGACAGAGAGAGAAACGGAGAAAAAGAGAAUAGUGAGCGGCAAACAGUCUCAUUCGAACUUGUGAACAAUUGUGAGAACAUUCUCAGACUAAACAAAAAGUGCAAUAUGCUGAAGCUAUUCAAGAAAUCAAAAGACAAAAUACCAAAAUCGGAAAUAAUAACCGAGCCCAAGGAGCCGAAAACGCCGCCCGUCUCCAAAUGCGGCAAGCCCUUGCAGCUGGACAACUCGCGCUGGGAGCGCCGGCUUCACAAAGAGCUGAUGUCCCUGAUCAAGGAGCCGCCGCCGGGUGUCACUGUCGACACCGAAAGCGUACAGCAGAAUUUAUCCGAAUGGAAAUUAAACAUAAAAGGUUUCGAGGGCACCCUUUACGAUGGCGAGGACUUCCAGUUGCUGUUCAAAUUUAACAAUAAAUAUCCCUUCGAUUCGCCUGAGGUGACUUUUAUUGGCAACAAUAUACCCGUGCACCCACAUGUCUACAGCAAUGGACACAUCUGCCUGUCCAUUCUGACAGAGGACUGGUCGCCGGCGCUGUCGGUGCAAUCGGUGUGCCUUAGCAUAGCUUCCAUGUUGAGCAGCUGUCGCGAGAAGAAGCGUCCUCCAGACAACGCGCUCUACGUUAAAACCUGCAAUAAAAAUCCCAAAAAGACUAAAUGGUGGUACCACGAUGACUCUGUUUAGUUAACGUUGCAAUUUAUUACUACUGCCUGCUGCUGCUGUUUGCAUCAGAAACACCAAACAAUGCCGACACAGAAAUUCAGAUAUACAGAAGUACAGAAAUAUACAGAAACACACAGCCAAGGGAGCAACAUCGGAAUAGUAGAAGGCAUCGGCACUGCCCGAGCAGAAGCGGGGUCAUCCACAUAAACCAUCCAACAGCGCCAAGAAACUGAUUUGCUUAAACGUUAGCUAGCUUUAGGGAAACUUACAUAGCUCCACAAAGGAGACUCCACACCCAAGUGCACUCGGACGCGACUAUAAAAUCGACUAGUGAAAUCAAAACAAGAAUGGGAUAAGUAUCAUUAGUUAUCAGUAUGGCAAACAAUCAUAGCCCCUCCGGGCCCCGACGUCGUUGUAAGCAACAAACCACUCUAACUCUAGCUAUCUAUAAUCAACGAAAGGCGUGUGCAAAAACCCUAUUACUAAAUGUUAACAUUUUAAAUUAGAUUAUAAAGACCAAAUUAACGUCUAAAUUAAAUGUUAUGCUAUCAUCUAA